AUGGGCCUCUUCUCGCCACCCGACUCCCCCUUCGCACCGCCCUCCCUGGUUUACCAACUGAUCUACCACCCACUCACGACCUGCUUCACCAUCUUCCACAACCUGCUGCUCUACCUGCGUGGCGCACCCUACCUCCCACCCAAGAACAAACUACCCAUCCGCGUGGUGUGCCUCUCCGACACCCACUCCAAAGUCCCCCGCUACGCCAUCCCACGGGGCGAUCUCCUCAUUCACUCCGGCGACCUCACAAACACGGGCACCCUAUCCUCCAUCCAACAAACGCUCGACUGGCUGAAAACGCUGCAGAAGCCAUGGCCCGGCUCCUCGGACGGGUUCCGCCAUAUAGUCUUCGUGGCCGGCAAUCACGACAGCUACUUUGACGAGCGCAGCCGCAGCGUCCACGACCGCAAGAACUCCCACCGCAUCCUGAACCUGGGCAAGAUCCACUAUCUACAGCACUCGUCCAUCACCCUGACCUUCCCGGGCGACCGCAACCUGAAAGUCUAUGGUGCGCCUCAGAUCCCACAAUGCGGAGGGAAAGAGUUUGCAUUCCAAUACCAACGGGGGCAGGACGCCUGGACGGCAACGAUACCGGACGACGUGGACGUGCUGAUCACGCAUAACCCGCCGAAAUGGCAUCUCGACCUGCCCGCGAGUGGUGGACUCGGGGACGAAUUCGAGUUGAAGGAAGUUUGGCGCGUGAAGCCGACGUUGCAUGCCUUUGGACACGUUCAUUCAGGCCACGGCGUCGAGCCUGCCUGGUGGGAUGAAAGCCAGAAGGCGUGGGAGGCAUACCUCGCCGCAGCGUACAAUAAGCCUGCUGAGAUGGCUGCAAGUCAUCGUUUACCGCUGACGGAAGUCCUUGACUUGGCACUAUGGUGGAAGGGGAUUGAGUCCAUCGUGGCGGAUGUGAGGGGUUUAUUGUGGACGAGGUUGUGGGGUGGUGCCAGGCAGGGAGGAUAUAUGGUUAAUGGCGCGCUCACGUACCAGACAGGGAAUCAAUUGUCGAAUAAGCCCAAGGUCGUGGUCUUGUAG